UUUCUUUAUAAUAUUUCAUAUAUAUGAUAAGUAUUACGAUCAAUCCCUCUUCACUCGAGAUGUUUAAGUGGCAAAUAGCUUUAUUCUGUAUUUUUAUUCUGCUGGAUGCACCAGUACGAAAAUGAUGGAUAAUACGAUACAGAUACCUCGGUCGAAUGGAAACAUUGUAAGCUCCGUUUUCCAAUAACUCUCACCCAUUUUUCUCACUGGCGUAGUGAUAAUUAUAGUCGACUUGUUAUCAGUCUAUUUGUUAUUUUUUCGGCCGAUAUGAUUAAAGCUUUCAAUACCUGUAGACCCCAAAAUGCGGUCGAUGACAGUUACCCGCUUCAGUUAAUAUUUUGUGUUGGUCAACCACGCAUCGGGAAUCGGAAAUAUACUGUACAGUAUAUCUAUCUAUAAUAGAAUAACCCAAAAAAGUCAUCACCAUGUGCAACGCUCUCUGUGAAUGCCUCAAAUGUCCCGGCAAAGUGGUUUGCUGCUGCUGUUCCUGCGCCUGCAAGAUGCUCCUGAGCAUCGUGUUUUCUGCGCUCCUGAUGGUCGUGGUGAUCGGCUUGAUUGUCUACUUCACGGUCUUCUAUCACAAGGAUAAGAACACGGAUGAGGUGCAGAAGCAGGUCGCCCAACUGACGCCCAUUGUGAAGCGCAGCAUACGCGACUACUUCAACAAGGAGUACUGAUCUGAGGACAUGAAUUUAUACUAUAGGCCAUAUUAAUAAUAACUCCGUCGAAAUCGAAAUUGAAACGAACUAAGAACCAAAGCCGUUCAGUGCAUGACUUAAUCUAAUCGCGUCGGAUGCUCGUUAUGGGAUUUUUUCUUAUCUAUAGAUAGUUUGGGACUCAAUUGAAUGGGCAAUUUGUGCGUUCUUUAGAAAGGUAGAUAAUGUUGGAGCGGCAAAAAAUGUGACUCACUGUAUACCUUACAAUACAUUUUGAACUCGAAACCCAGUAAAGCAUUCACAAUAUAUAUUUAAUGUAUAAUAUGUAUGAAUGUAAGGCAGAUUAAAAAAGUUAUAUUGUACUGGAUGACACACUAU